AUGAAGCGAGAACAAGACACCGGAAUCUCCAUUCUUGUUGUUGGAGGUGGCAUUGCGGGUUUAACCUUUGCUAUUGAGGCUCAUCGGAAGGGCCACAGUGUCCGGAUAAUCGAACGGCGACCCCGCGGAGAGACUUUUGGCGAAAUGAUCGUGAUCACGACUCCAGCUCUCCAUACCCCAAAGAAAUGGCCGGGCUUUAUGGAGCGGGUGAGGCAAGAGUCCGUUGCUCCAGUGAUCAAUAUGAAGAAAUUCGACGGCACCCUGAUCGGGACCUUCCCCAUUGGUGACCCGAACAACCCAUCCCUAGCUAUCUACCGUUCAAAGCUGCAUAAUGUUCUCCACGACUAUGUCUCGCAGCUCGGCAUACCGAUCGAAUUCUCCGCGACCGCUUCGGAUUUCUUUGAGGCAGAGGACCAUGGUGGUGUGAUCCUGUCCGACGGCCGCAGGCUCACAGCAGACGUAGUGGUGGCUGCCGAUGGAGUCGGCACCAAAUCUUGGGCAUUGGUUGUCGGCAGUAAAGAUGCCCCCAUUAGCUCGGGAUUCAUCAUGUAUCGAGUCACCUUCCCCGCGGGACCGGCGCUCGAGAACCCAGUUAUCGCGAAGGAGCUUCAAGGAUUCAAGGACCGUGCAUUCCUUCAUGCCGGGCCCGGGGCGCACGUCGUUACUUGCAAGUCGGAAAAUGAGAUUUGUUGGCUGCUCACUCGCAGGGAAGACGGAGGUGAUGACGACGAAGACUGGGCCAAAGCCGCGUCAAUUCAGAAGGCCCUCAAGGCCGUCGAGGGCUGGGAGCCGUUCAUGACCGAGAUCAUUAAUGCGACACCCAAUGGCACCGUUCUUGAAUGGAAGCUGGUUUGGCGUAACCCUCAACCGCGGUGGGCAUCACCUGGCGGGCGCGUUGUCCAGAUAGGCGAUGCCGCACAUCCAUUUUUGCCUACCUCGGCUAGCGGCGGGACUAUGGCCAUGGAGGAUGCGUAUUCCCUGGCCGCCUGCUUACAACUUGCUGGGAAGAACGACGUGCCUGUCGCAACGAAGGUGCAUAACCACUUGAGGUUCGAACGAGUCUCUUGCGCUCAGAAGAUGGGAUUCAAGAACCGCGAGGUAUUCCACAAUACUGAUUGGGAUGCCGUCGCUAAGAAUCCGGAGGUUAUGGGCAAGAUGGUCGGAAACUGGCUGGUGCAUCACGACCCAGAGCAGUACGCGAAUGAGAACUACGGCAAGUGUGCAGAGCACCUCCUCAGGGGUGCACCAUUUGAGAACACAAACUCCGUCCCUGGCUACACGUACAAGCCGUGGACAGUCCAGGAACUCCUAGACGCUUCGGAGAGAGGCGAGGUUCUUCAAGAUGAAGGAGACUGGUCCUAG